CCUUGCGUUUCGGUGAUCAGCCCAAAAUUAUCCCUGACGGAAUUUCAACUGGGCUUCUCGGCUAUCGCCCUGCCACCUUUAACCGGAAUCUGCUCUUUAGUAACCUUGCUGCAGGUUCUCUACAUUCAAGACGAGUAGGAUCUACCGUGGCUCUGUGCAUAAAAAGCUCCCGCCAACAUUUCAAGUUUCUGUGACUUCAAUCAAUGAUCAUUGUUUCUUUUUCCCUCGAGGUAUCAGUGGACUCCACAAUGCUGCGUGCUCAGCUAAGUGUGGAAAGCUUCUGAUGAUAUGGCCAUUGUGUCCGUCUGGUUUUCACUGGGUUGUAUGUAUCUGGCAUUAUCAUGGUGGGACAAUGCAGUUGAAGGGAGGCGUUUUUCUGGAUGUAGACUGGUUUCCAAAGUUGCAGAUUGCAACCGUUUGCAGCUCAGCUCAGUUCCUCAGGAUCUUCCUACUGAUAUUGAGGAACUAUUUCUGGAUUUCAACAUUAUUAAGAGUCUCGACAAAAACUCUCUGUCAAUAUACCCUGGCUUGAAGAACCUUAGUUUGAGAUCGAAUCGUUUGGAACUGAUACAUAUCGAAGCAUUUAAAGGAAUAAUAAACCUUGAUUCACUAUCACUACAGGACAAUAAUAUUGCUACUGGUUACAGUCUGGUUUCCAAAGCCUUCAUGUUUACGCCUUCCCUUAAGAAUCUGGAUCUGUCUAAAAAUGGGCUUAAUGAAGCUAUGGUGACCAUCCUCCUUAAGAACCUGAACUCCCUGGAAUACCUUGCCGUAGACAACAACAUUAUUAUGCGUUUAGAUGACACUGUGUUUACAGGUGUCAGCAACUUAAAAGAGUUAAGCCUGGAAAGGAACUAUAUUUAUGAGAUAGAUAGUGGCACAUUUGAGCGUCUGGUAAAUCUGAAAACUUUAAAUCUUGCCUUUAACAAUUUGCCCUGCGUUAUAGACUUUGGCUUGACUCAGCUCCGCGUACUCAAUCUUAGCUUCAACCACCUUGAAUGGUUCCAGUCCCAAGAAAUAGAUGUAGAAUUCCAACUGGAAUUGCUGGACAUAUCUCAUAACCAGCUGCUAUUUUUCCCACUGUUGCCAAAGUGGCACCACCUACAUACCCUGCUGCUCUCUGAUAAUCGGAUGAGGUUCUAUGCUGACAUUUUUGAUUUGGAAUCAUCCUAUGAAGAUUUUCUGAUAAUGGAAAAUAACAGUACGAACAUCACAACUGUUAACCUGUGGGAGGAAGAAAUUAUCAGUGAUCUCUCAACUUUAAAGUUUCUUGACAUUAGCAUGAACCAGUUCAAGUACCUUCCGGAUGGAUUCAUUGGCAAAAUGACUUCUUUGACAUCCCUAAAACUUGACUGGAACUGCUUAGAAACAUUUUCCGUCUUGCCAAUGGAAAUUGCUAGUUCUCUCACUGAACUGGAUCUCAGCAACAACGAGAUUUUGGAGCUACGGGUAGAUAAUGUUUCCCAAAAUGUAUUGGGCCUCAGGUACUUUAACCUGAGCAGAAACAAUCUCCAGAAGCUCCCUAGGCAUAUCUUCAGCAGUAUGAGUGACAUUGCAACUAUAGAUCUGAGCCAUAAUAGGCUUAAUUUAUGUUCUGGUUCAGAUAGUGACAUGGAUUGUGUAGAUAUCAGACACAUAACAUCUCUCAGGCAUCUCCACCUUUCCGGAUGUGAAAUGGAGUUGGAUAUGCAAGGUCAUUUUUGUGGUACUGCAUUAACUUAUCUGGACCUUUCAGAUAACCGGGUCAACUGCCUUCACUCUUUAAUGGACACAUCUAGAACGCUACGCUUUCUUUCACUCCGGAACAGCCUGGAAUGUAAUUUCAGUGCUGAAUUCUCUGCAUAUCAAAGCUUGAAAUUCCUAGACCUAUCUGGAAACAACCUCACUACUUUCCCUAAUUCCCUUACUGGAUUGUCUCUUCAGUCCCUAGAUCUCAGAAAGAACAAUUUAAGUUCACUUCCAUUCAUCAGCAGUUACCACCAAAUCUUGAGAAGCCUAAAUAUUCUUUACAUCAGCGAUAACCCAUUUGACUGCUGUGAAUUGAGCUGGUUGAAUAUAUUGAGAAGACUGAGUAGCAUUAAUAUUUCUGACCUUUCACGGGUUACCUGUAAAUUCUCCCAUAGACGGAUGUUAGUACGGGACAUAUCUGAGUCUGUUCAUCACAGCUGCCAGUGGAAGACUGGUGGCACCCUUCUCUAUUUGCUGCUUACCAUGCCCAUUUCUCUGACAUUAUUGAUGGCUCUUCUCCUGUUGUAUCUGACGUUCAAAGAGACCCUUUUACAAGUUUUGAAAAGAAGAUGCAGGAGAUCUAAUAGCUACUGACAUCCAAAGGCAGCUCUAGUGGAAAAAUAUGGUGUCCAAGCAAUGCAAAAUAUUACACACACUAAGAAAAACAAA